GGCAACGAGGCGGGUCUUCCGGCCUUCUCCAAAAUAAUUUCCGGCAGGGACCGGAAAAAAUCCUCCCGGAUAGCCUCAGGGGUGCCCUGUGAGAGGAGGUGAGGUUCCGGCAGCCGGCUUCUGUUCGCUCGUGGCUUGCAGCACGCUGCAGCCUGCAGCCUGCAGCCCCCGGAGUCGGCGCGGAUCGGCCGCCCUGAGGCGCCAGGGAAGCGUUCGGCAUGUCGUCGGCCCUCCGCGCCGCAGACUUUCCCCGCUGGAAGCGUCACAUCGCGGAGGAACUGAGGCGCCGGGACCGAUUGCAGAGGCAGGCGUUCGAGGAGAUCAUUCUGCAGUAUACCAAGUUGCUGGAAAAGUCAGAUCUUCAUUCAGUAUUGACCCAGAAACUACAAGCUGAAAAGCAUGACAUACCAAAUAGGCAUGAAAUAAGUCCUGGACAUGACGGUGCAUGGAAUGAUAGUCAGCUACAAGAAAUGGCCCAGCUGAAGAUGAAACACCAAGAAGAGCUGACUGAACUGCAUAAGAAGCGUGGCGAGUUAGCUCAGUUGGUGAUUGACCUGAAUAACCAAAUGCAGCAGAAGGACAAGGAGAUACAGAUGAAUGAAGCAAAGAUUGCAGAGUGUUUACAGACCAUCUCUGACCUGGAGACAGACUGUCUGGACCUGCGCAACAAACUACAGGACCUUGAGGUAGCCAACCAGACCCUGAAGGAUGAGUAUGAUGCCUUGCAGAUUACUUUUACUGCCCUAGAAGAGAAACUAAGGAAAACUACUGAGGAGAACCAGGAACUGGUCACCAGAUGGAUGGCUGAGAAGGCCCAAGAAGCUAAUCGCCUCAAUGCAGAGAAUGAGAAGGACUCCAGGAGGCGUCAAGCACGGCUUCAGAAGGAGCUUGCAGAAGCAGCAAAGGAGCCUCUACCUGUUGAACCGGAUGAUGACAUUGAAGUCAUUGUGGAUGAGACCUCAGAUCACACAGAAGAGACUUCUCCAGUACGAGCCAUCAGCAGAGCAGCUACUAAGCGACUCUCGCAGCCUGCUGGAGGCCUUCUGGAUUCUAUCACUAAUAUCUUUGGUCUGUCCGAAUCUCCCCUUUUGGGACAUCAUUCUUCUGAUGCUGCCAGGAGACGCUCUGUCUCUUCCAUCCCAGUUCCCCAGGAUAUUGUGGACACUCAUCCUGCUUCUGGUAAAGAUGUGAGAGUCCCAACUACUGCCUCAUAUGUCUUUGAUGCACAUGACGGAGAGGUCAAUGCAGUGCAGUUCAGUCCAGGCUCCCGGUUACUGGCCACUGGAGGCAUGGACCGCAGGGUUAAACUUUGGGAAGCAUUCGGAGAUAAAUGUGAAUUCAAGGGUUCCCUGUCUGGCAGUAAUGCAGGAAUUACAAGCAUUGAAUUUGAUAGUGCUGGAGCUUACCUAUUAGCAGCUUCAAAUGAUUUUGCCAGCCGGAUCUGGACUGUGGAUGAUCACCGAUUAAGGCACACACUUACAGGCCACAGCGGGAAAGUCCUCUCUGCCAAGUUCCUGCUGGACAAUGCACGGAUAGUCUCAGGAAGUCACGACCGGACCCUCAAACUCUGGGAUCUCCGCAGCAAAGUCUGUAUAAAAACAGUGUUUGCAGGAUCCAGCUGCAAUGACAUUGUUUGCACUGAGCAAUGUGUAAUGAGUGGACAUUUUGACAAGAAAAUUCGUUUCUGGGAUAUCCGAUCGGAGAGUGUGGUCCGAGAGAUGGAACUAGUAGGGAAGAUCACUGCUCUGGACUUAAACCCUGAGAGAACUGAGCUCCUGAGCUGCUCCCGUGACGACCUGCUAAAAGUCAUUGACCUCCGGACAAAUGCUGUCAAGCAGACAUUCAGUGCACCUGGAUUCAAAUGUGGCUCUGACUGGACCCGGGUUGUCUUCAGCCCUGAUGGCAGUUACGUGGCAGCAGGCUCAGCUGAUGGUUCUCUUUAUGUCUGGAGUGUGCUCACAGGCAAAGUGGAGAAGGUUCUUUCAAAACAGCACAGCUCUUCUAUCAAUGCGGUGGCGUGGGCCCCCUCGGGCUUACAUGUUGUCAGUGUGGACAAAGGAAGCAGAGCUGUGCUGUGGGCACAGCCUUGAUGCUUCACCCUGAGGAGCAGCGUGGGACCCCACAGCCCAUCUUGGAGAGUGAUGUUUCCUCCCAGAGAAGAGCUGGAGCAAUGUGGUGCCAUAGCUUUCCUGAGAACUUUGACUUAAAGUCUAAUGACUGAGAAGAACCAACACUGAACCAAACCGACUCUGCAAGUCCCUAGCAGAGGUGCGGAUUCUUAUGUGCAUUUGAGUGGGAAACACUACUAACUCUGACCUUCCAUACCUCAUGGGGAGCACAGGGUCCCUGCUGGGUCUCCCCACUGGACACAGUGCCAAGGACAACCCCACACACCGGGUAUUGGGUCUCCUGUGCUUUUCCCGUCUUUCCAAAGUCUGUUUUAGCCUGAUGCACGCCCCCUUUCUGUAGGGUCACUUACCCAGGGGGCUCACUGUAGGCAUUGGGUCAGUGGAAACCAAAUCAGGGCCUGUCCUCCUGUGACAAAGGAUGGGUAGAGCUGUUUUCAGGGUUGGUGUGUCUGGUCUCACUGCUGAAACUUGCAUCUUCAGCUGGCCUUCAAAACUCUGAGCUCCCUUCCUCCCAGCACUUCCACAUAGCUUUGUAUGUGAGAGGAAAGGGCCGUGCCAACCUUUCCCUGUCUGGUAGAAUUUGCAGCAAAGGUGAGAAACACAUCUUUACCCAGCAUCCCUGCAAGUGCACAGUGGGUGGCUGAGUGCUCACCGGGGGCAAAGAGUGGUGGGUCCAGGCACUGCCUGUGCAUGCAGAGUAGUGUUUGGUAAGAGAUGCCUUCCUAGGAGCUGGUCAUGAUGAAGGCUGGGGAAGCAUUCUCUGUCUUGCUCGCCCAUGCAUGUGGUCUGAGCGCGGGGUCUGGGUGUCUGAAGCACCACGUUUGUCACAUUUACUUUGCACUCUAUUUUUGCUUCCACGCUGUUCUCUGGACAGUAGGGACAGACCCGAGUGCUAGAGCUCGGGGAGAGGGACAGCAGUCCUCCCUGCUUGCCCUCCCCUGCUGGUUUGCUGCCAGAGAGCUGCAGCUGUUGGGAGUUGAGAUUCUCUGGGCAGGACACAUCUUUUAUUUAUUUAAUUAUGUGUCCCAACAGAACUUGACUAUAAAUAAAGAAGAAAUUCUGUUAUAUACUUUUCAAACU